UGGCAACAACGGCUGCUUAUGGCCGGUCCGGAAGCUGUGCUAGCUGUGCUGUUGCUCAUGUUUCUCUUGCGGUGAAUCGGUACCUAUCUCUUGUAAAACAGUUUCGAAGAAAAAAAGAGAAGCUCUACGCACUUCGGCGUUGUCUUCAUAGCUUGAGUGAAACGCCAUCGGCAGUUAAAGAAAAUGCGAUCAGAAAGCUGAGGAGUACCUACAAUAUACCCACGGUCACUAAAGCCAAUCUUCCUCGAUGAGGGCCUGGUUUUCUAUAUGAGAAAUCAUGAUCGCCAAACAAGCAUCUAGACAGCCGCUGAAAGAAAAGUUUGUUCAGAUCUACGAAGGAUUUUUCAAGGGCGUCGAUCCUUCAGCGAAUAAUCAAAACUUUUGGGACGAACUGUUCUUGUUAAAGGUCAAUGUCAACUUUAUACAGCAACAGUUUGACAACCUGUCAGGGGAAGAUCUCGUUAGACUCAAGGAUACAAUAAACAACCUGUUUUAUCACUGUGUACAAGCCUUGAGAAGUGACCAUCGUAUACGAGUAGUGAAUGCUUUGCAGACACUGUGCGCCCUCAUCCAAGGCGUCUACAGAAAAUCUCAUGGGGACUAUGGUUUUGAUAUCAUCAAUCUCCUCAUUGGAUUUGACAUGGCUGAAGCAACAAUGCAGGAGCUGAUUGAAUUGAUUCGUGGCUUUCUGGAAGGUGAUUACAGUCACAGCCUUAAAUCUUUGGUUCUCCGAUUUCUGCUCGUGCUUGUAACAGCUACUGAAAAUGUUAGCAAUAACACGCUGCUGGAGUACGUCAUGAUGAACUGUGUUUUUGAAGCCAUUCUGCAGCUGCUUGCAGACAAGCACUCUCGAGCACAUUGUGGCUACGAUGCUGUUUUGGUCUUGACAAUCCUUGUGAGCUACAGAAAAUAUGAGGCAGCCAACCCGUACAUUGUAAAGCUUUCUAUUGUGGACAAUGAACUGGCAUUGAACGGGUAUGGAAUGGUUGUAUCCACAGCUCUCGCUGAAUUCAAUAGGCAAUUUGUGCAAGAACAAGCUGAGCCUCAAGCUGGUCUCUUGUCCACAGUAACCAACUUUGUUGGCACCAUGUUCCUUGCUGAUGAAGCAACUCCCAUGAAAGACUCCGGAAGGAGUGAUGAUGCUGUUCUCCUUGCCCUCUAUGAGGCUGUUCACUUAAACAGGAACUUCAUAACGAUCCUGACAAAUUCUCAGACAGAGUCUUGUGCAACUGCAACUGCCCCAACUAGUGGUGCUGCAUCUCCUACGGAACACUCUCCACAUGACCUAGUCCCUGUUGAUGUGAAUACCAUGGAUCAGCCACCGUCCAACCUGCUUGUCACAUUUUUGGAGUUCUGUUCUAUUGUAAUGCAAAAAACAAAAGUGGAAGCCAAUGCAAACACCACCAAGCUUGGGUUCAUCAUUCUUACCUGCAUCACUGAAGAUCAGUAUGCCAAUUCCAUGAUGCAUGAUGUCAACAUGGUCUUCAAGGUUCAGCUGCAUAGAAUGCCCAUGCGUCAUCGUAAAGUAACACCUCUGCGAGACGUUCAUUCUCGGCCCCUUGCCUGUGCACUCUUGGACCUCAUGGUGGAGUUCAUCUUCAGCCAUAUGAAAAAGAACCUUCUGAUUGACCUCUACCAACGUUGCUUAGGUAUAAUUCACCGGCUACUUUGCUACCAGAAGAAGUGCCGAGUGCGACUUCAGUACAGCUGGAAGGAGUUGUGGACAUCACUGAUCAGCCUGCUCAAGUUCCUGCUGAGCCGAGAGUCAGACUUUGUCAAGAAACACGACAUCUUCCAGUUGGCUAGUCAAGUGGUGAACAUCUUCAACCUUUUCAUCACAUAUGGAGACACCUUCCUGCCUUCACCUGGGAGCUAUGACGAACUCUACUAUGAGGUCAUCCGUAUGCACCAAGUCUUUGACAGCAUGUACUCAAUGGCACUACGUUACACAACGGGAGACAGCCAGUGGAAGGAUUCUGCCGCCAAACUUUCCAAUCACUUGGUAAAUGUCAGGGCAAUCGUGAACCACUUCACACCAAAGAUUGAUUCUUGGUCUGCAGCUAACCACAUGUCAGCACUGACAGAAAAACAGGUUUUGGAUGUUGUGAGGAGCAACUAUGACACGUUGACACUAAAGCUUCAUGACAAUCUGGAUCAGUACGAAAAGUACUCGGAAAAACCAAAAGAGUCUCCAUUUUUCACCCUCAUGAUUCGAAAUGUGGUCUCGGACUUCAGGCAGAAGCUUACACUGUCAGGUUUGGGCCAGGACAACGUCUUGAAGGAGUUCUCUACCAUAGCCUAGAAUAAAUUUUUGAAUUAUUUAGGAUUGAUCUCCAGCUUCCAGAUGACGUUUGCAUUUAUGCUAGGGUGGGAAAGAGGCUAGGUUAAAUUUGGAAGAAUGUGUGAGACUAACAGUGGAGAUUGGACCAAACCAAAAACUUAGUCUUGUAUGUGUGCGGUAACCUGUGGUGUAAGAUAUGUGCUUAAAUUCUCAUUCGUUGGCUCGUGCAAGUUGUCCUUUCUCCACCUGUGGUGCAGCAGCUCAUGCACCUCAACUUUUAUAUAAUUGUACAAAUACGGAAGCUAGACAACCUCAUAGCCUACUUGUUUCCUGCGAGCAAGCUGCAACCAAUCACUUCUGUUGUGUUCUGCAUGAGUGCAUUGAGGUGAAUGACUUUAUGAACCUUUGGGCUUUGCCAUAGUACUGAUGAAAAAGUGAAAGACGUUAUUGUGGCAUUAUGGAAAAAAAGAUGUUUUUGUCAGGAGGCCAUUUCUAGAUAUUGUGAUAGAACAACGAAAAAAUAAUGCACUAGUACACUACAGGUUGCUGUAGGUUUAGUUGAACAGCCAUGUCUUGAGUUUAAAAAAUUUGAUUAAACUAAUCUGUGUUGUGGAUCUUCAACCUAAUGCUCAAUUUGGAAAUAAGUUUUGCUACCAAAAAUAUUGCCCACCUUCAAAAGAAAAGGAGACAUUUCUGAAGUCAUUGAUGGCUACUUUCAGUGAAUUUUCUGAUGUAAUUACUUUGAAAUUUGCCACGUAUAUAAACACUUAAAAAAAUAGGAAUCUCCACUGCUUCUUAUUUCAUGUUUACAAAAGUAUGCUUUACCUAAAAACUUGCAAGACAUUACAGAAUUAUGUUAAUUUAUUGUGUAAUUUCGUGGCAGACAAGUUCAAUAUGGAUGGUUCAAUUCUUGUGUUGUAAAUUUUUCUUAAUUACAUUUUUCUAAUUUUUUAAUCUGCGGAAACAUCCUUGUCUCAAAAUUUCACUUUAAGUGAACUUCUCAAUGAUUGUUUUUAACAACUGAAGAUUUUUUUCAAGUAAAAAAGCAAUUGCUCCAUAUUUGGCAAGUUGCAAAUCAAGAUGUACAUAGCCUUAUUCAGUCUGAUUGCUACAAGUGUGGUUGUUUGAGCUUAUAUAUUGUGUACAGAUAACUGACAGCAGAUCAUUAAAGAAUAUUUGAUGCGUGGCACAGAGAGUAAAAGCAUUAUAAACAUGAAAGGGUCAUUUAAAAGCAUGCACUGCUGUGCCAAUAAGUUUGUCCCCAGACUAAAAUUUUACGAGUAGAGGGCAGGACAAGCGCAGUAGUUUUGUGUUGUCUUUUCAUUCUUCUUUGCUUUUGUAUUAUAUUAUCUCUAUUGAUGCUCAUUCAGGGCUUAAUUUUCCAGUACUCCUAGUAAGUGGAUUUAUUGGCAUGUUCCUCUCACCCUUUUUCUUUGAAUAAUAAUAAUAAUUGUAAUGCCAUAAUAAACAGCUCACUAGUUAUAUUUUUUUCAUCCAGUGCUGUUUUGCACUCUAGAUUCAAGUAUGUGUUGCCAGCAUGCCUAGCAUAUUGUUCUUUUGUAGCACUAAACCAAGCAUAUUAGACCACAUUUGCUACUUUUCUUUUGUUCAAGGUUGCUUUUAUGAGAUGAAAUAAUAAGGAAUGCAGAUUCCACCUUAUAUUUUUGUUCUUAAUGACACUAUUGGGAGCUGGCAGUGAGUAGUUUUUUUUAUAUGAUAUAUUCUAGGCAUUUAAACAUCAGACAGUUCACUAAAAGACCACUAAUGGCCAAAUGCACCUUACACCUCAGGUAGGUGAAAUUCUUUAGCAGAAAAUGAACUUUAUUCAAAGUUAUGUUUGGGUUCAAGAUCUGCACGAUGUAGAAUGUAUGUCCAAAUCAGAAAUGAUUGCUGAGCGUGAUGGUUCAAUCAUAUAUUAAAAGUCCCUACAAAUAGAAAUUCUUGUCAUGUGAAGCAUAGUACUAUUUUUAAUUCUUGUUUCAUUUAUACCUUGUUGUGAAACAGAUAGUGAUUAUUGGGCUUGUUUAUUUGGGUUAGCUGGUGCAGUCACUUUGUAGGCUUCUGUAAGGCAGUAAGGUCCAGGUGAGAGACUCAGAUGUAUGUAUGCUUGCUUGCAAAUUUAGUGAUUCAGCAGAGUUUAUUGCGGGCUGGCUGCGCUGAGGACGUGUUUGUUGCAUUAGUCAACAUUCUUGGCUUACUGCAUUUGACAGGGUAGAGUACAAUUCACUGAGUGACACUGAGAUCUUGUAUUGCAAAGGUGUACCAACGUUUGCGAAGCUGGCUGAACGAUUGUCAGUCUUACUUUACCAGUUUUCCACCUCUGGUUGGCUUUUCUUGCCAUAAAAGAAAUAAAGUUUGUGCCUUUGUGGGUUCACACAAAGUGCAUUUUUUCAUGACAUCUUAUGUAGCAAUUUUCAUAGUGAACAAGAAGUGAAAUUUGUUUUGUUCAGAGUGUGUACCUUCUUAGUGUAAAUGUUGUUUCUUAUGACGUGCGCUUGUUGCUUUAUAUUUAUUGACUUACGUUUAACAAACAGCCAGUUUUUAGUAAUGUUUUAUUAGCUGUUUUGUGAGCUUGUUACUAUUUAAGUUCUUUUAUCACAUUGUUCUUUGUGUGCUUUGUGGCCACACAGCAAGCAGUCAGACGAUUGCUGCUCACGUGUUUUUUUGUUCCAAGCAAUUUGGCAGUUUAGUUCGUUACUGGAGUUCUUUUUUCAUAAAUCAUCAAGAUAUAUGUCAACAGCAUGUGAUGUGGCUUAGAACGACACAAAGUUGUGCUAACUGGGUGGGAUUAAUCAUAUAAAAAAAGCUGCGUGUGUAGACAGGGACACAGGUGAAAGGAAACAGACAACACAAAUGUCAUUUUUUGUGGUCUAUUUCUCUUCACUUGUGUCCAUCUAUGCAUGCCUAAUUUAUUUCUUUGUUGAGAUAUGACCGGUGUUUUUUUUUUUUUUUUGAGCGCGAACAAUGGUUAACUCUAGGUGCUUUCCUUGUGCAUAACAGUGAUAUCAGUGUUCGGUCUUUUGAAGUGCCAUUACGCCAUUCUUGAGAUGCUUCCACUUACGCUGUUCAUAGAGGUUGCUGCAGAAUCCCAAUUACCAGAACAAUUUGUAGCUUAAUUUCUAGGAUAUAUAAGUGUGUGGCAGAAGCUUUAUAUCAGACUUCUGUGUGCAUUUGAGGUACUCUGCUAGUAUAAGUAUAGAACAUUUUUGUUUUUGUAGUGAAAAACAGUGUUCGUUACCAAAAACAACUCCUGUAUGCCUCGUUGCCUUUGUUUACGAUAGCCUGGCUCUGCAAAUAAACACCUUUCUAUUUAUGCCUA